GGCAGGUGGCUGGACAGCUGUUGGGCCUCCAGCCUCGGCCGCCUGGCAUCAUUUCGGCUCCCGUCCUUCCCGUAGUCCCGAUGGACGCAGCAAGUUAAACUUGGCCAGGGCUCUCGGAGCCGUGGGACCGUGAGCCCCACUCACAGGGGAUCAACGUUGCCUUCGUGACCCGCGGGCAGCCCCCUGGCCAAGCUCUUGAAGCCCCUGCUUGCUACCAUGCAGAGAAACAAUAGGAAUCCAUUAUUAUGGGUUACUGUUAUGGGGACUCUGUCUCCUCUGCGGCCUGACACUGAGAGCAGAGGGUUUUCUCCACCGUGUGGAUUGUCUAGAGUACACUGCCAGUCUCUUGUCUUCUGUUCACCAUGGCUUCUUCUGAUAUCCAGGUGAAAGAACUAGAGAAGCGGGCCUCUGGGCAGGCGUUUGAGCUGAUACUUAGCCCACGUUCGAAAGAAGCAGUUCCAGAAUUCCCCCUUUCCCCUCCAAAGAAGAAAGAUCUUUCCCUGGAAGAAAUUCAGAAGAAACUAGAAGCUGCAGAAGAAAGACGCAAGUCUCAUGAAGCUGAAGUCUUAAAGCAGCUUGCUGAGAAGCGGGAGCAUGAGAAGGAGGUGCUUCAAAAAGCAAUUGAAGAAAACAACAACUUCAGUAAAAUGGCAGAAGAAAAACUGACCCACAAAAUGGAAGCCAACAAAGAAAACCGAGAGGCACAAAUGGCUGCUAAGCUGGAGCGCUUGCGGGAGAAGGAUAAGCACAUGGAGGAGGUGCGGAAGAACAGAGAGUCCAAAGACCCUGCCGACGAGAAUGGAGCUGACUAGCCGACCCCGAGCCGGCUUCUCCCCCUCCCGAGCAUCCAAAGACUGAACUGGCCAGUGUCGCUUUUAUUUUAUUCCUCCUGACAAAUGUUCUAGAAACUGACGUAGAGCCGCAUAGGUAGAUCCGAACCGUACAGAUGUUGUUUGGGGGCAAAUGGGGAGAAACUGCAAGUGUUUUACUCUUUUUCUAAAGUGUUGAAGUCUUUCUAACGUAGCUAUUUUUCUUGUUGCAUCUUUUUUCUAUUCCAGUAUGCUCGGUGCUGGGUUAAUGGCUAGUACUGUAUUGGCUCUGUGAAAACAUGUUUGUGAAAGGAAUCUGUAGUAUAUGCUUCUUUCCAACUGUUAGAUGCUGAAUAUCUGUCUGUUCACUUUUGAAACCUGACCUUUGUCCCAGUCUUUCCAGAUACUACUGUACUUGAAUGGUUAAUAAAACUGCACAGUGCUGUUA